CGCGGUGCUCGCUGCCCCCACGCCGCUCCCGCCGCUCGCUCGGAUCGCUCCCGCAGCACCCCACGACAGGCCCGCGGACUCCGGUGAAGGUGGCGGUCGUGGCCGGUGGGCUCCGACUGGGCGCAGCGCUCGAGGCGGCGGCGCUGUAAGCGAAGCCGAGCCCGGCGAGUCACCGGGAAGGCGAUGUGGCCAGGCGCGGGCCCCUGCGUAAAGCGAGCCCUGUGACAGGCCGGCCAGUGAGGCGCCGCCGCUGGGGAGGCCGCGACGGAGCUCCCGGACUAGCCAUGGGCUGAGACGCAUCCUCGCCGAGCAGCCUAUAGUGAGUGACCCUUCUGUACCCACCCCCACCAGAACAUGCCGGGGUGAGUCCCACCCAAGAUCUUCCCAGUGGCCUUCCUCGACCUCCCCAGCGACACUAUGCAACCCCAGCAUGACCUGCGAGGCCUCCGGCUCCUGCUCCUGUCCUUGUUCCUGCUCCUCUCCGAGGUGGCCAGAGCUGGCCGAGCCGUGGUCAGCUGUCCCGCCUCCUGCUUGUGUGCCAGCAACAUCCUCAGCUGCUCCAAACAGCAGCUGCCCAACGUGCCCCACUCCUUGCCCAGCUACACAGCCAUCCUGGACCUCAGCCACAACAACCUGAGCCGCCUGCGGGCCGAGUGGACCCCCAUGCGCCUGACCCACCUGCACUCCCUGCUGCUGAGCCACAACCAUCUGAACUUCAUCUCCUCUGAGGCCUUUUCCCCAGUCCCCAACCUGCGCUACCUGGAUCUGUCCUCCAACCAGCUGCGCACGCUGGAUGAGUUCCUGUUCAGUGAGCUGCAGGCCCUGGAGGUGCUGCUGCUCUAUAACAACCAUAUCGCCGCCGUGGACCGCUGCGCCUUCGACGACAUGGUGCAGCUGCAGAAGCUCUACCUGAGCCAGAACCUGAUCUCCCGCUUCCCCCUGGAGCUGGUCAAGGAGGGCGCCAAGCUGCCCAAACUCACACUACUGGAUCUCUCCUCCAACAAGCUCAAGACCUUGCCGCUGCCUGACCUGCAGAAGCUGCCAGCGUGGAUCAAGAACGGCUUGUACCUCCACAACAACCCAUUGAUCUGCAACUGCGAGCUCUACCGCCUCUUCGCCCACUGGCAGUACCGCCAGCUGAGCUCAGUGGUGGACUUCCAGGAGGACCUGUACUGUGUCAAUGCCACCAAGCUGCACAGUGUCUUCAACCUCAGCUUCCUCAACUGCACCGAGUACAAGGAGCGCGCAUGGGAGGCCCACCUAGCGGACACCUUAACCAUCAAGUGUGACACCAAGCAGCAGGGCAUGAGCAAGGUGUGGGUGACUCCAAGCAAUGAGCGGGUGCCGGAGGAGGGGGCCAAUAGCACGGUGACAGUGUCCAAGGAUGGCAGCCUGCAUUUCAAGCGGGUGCAGGUAGAGGAUGCCGGUGUGUACACCUGCCAUGCCAUGGGGGAGACUUUCAAUGAGACACUGUCUGUGGAACUGAAAGUGCACAAUUUCACCUUGCAUGGACACCACGACACCCUCAACACGGCCUAUACCACCCUGGUGGGUUGUAUCCUCAGUGUGGUCCUAGUUCUCAUCUACCUGUACCUCACCCCUUGCCGCUGCUGGUGCCGGGGGGUGGAGAAGCCCACCAGCCACCAAGGAGAUAGCCUCAGCUCAUCCAUGCUUAGCACCACACCCAACCAUGACCCAAUGGCUGGCGGGGACAAGGAUGAUGGCUUUGACCGGCGGGUGGCCUUCCUGGAACCCACUGGCCCUGGGCAGGGUCAGAAUGGCAAGCUUAAGCCGGGCAACACCCUGCCAGUGCCCGAGGCUACCGGCAAGGGCCAACGGAGGAUGUCAGAUCCAGAGUCGGUCAGCUCAGUCUUUUCUGAUACACCCAUUGUGGUGUGAGCAGGAUGGGUUGGUGGGGGAGAUUCUGCCCCCAGAGAGGUAAUGCACCUCUGAAGGAUAUGAGGGGAAGGAACAGAGAGAGAGAGAGAGAGAGAGGGCUGGCUGCUCCAGGGAGGGGUUUCUCUUGACCUCAAGGGAACUGGUCAUGGGUGCGACAGCAGGCAGAGACCCCAGCGAGGGUGUGGCCAACAUGCUUUUCAAAUAUGGGCGUAUUAAUCCUCAGGCAAAAUGCGAUACCCCUACCCAAAGCCCUGGCGAUUCUGCACGUGGUGGAGGGAAAGGAGCAGGUUUGAACUGGCUGGGGAUGAAGACGAGGUGAGGGAAAGCACAGAUGGUCCACCAUCCGAGGUCAUCCCUAGCUCCUUUAGAAAAAACUGCUUCAGGUAGGGGGGGAUCUUUUUUUCUCUCUGCCUACCCACACCUGUGAUGUGUGUGUUGGGGGAGCCUCCACAGGAGCCAGCUUGGGGAUGAGCUGUAGUGUCUGCUUGAGACAGGAAGUCCCACUUCGCCACUGGGGACUUGAGCAGAGGAGUAAGGCAAAGGAUCGAGACCUCAGCUCUCCAGGGCUGCCGGGAGACUUCCUGCUAAAGCCUGCCUCUUUCCCGAUGAGCCCGAGCAUGCACGGAGGCCUGCAGGAGCCUGACCUGAGGCCUGUUUAUUGUGGCAGCAGUGUGGCAAGCGGGAUGUGUGCCUUGUUUUGGGACCAGUGGCACAGAGGGAUCCAGCAUAUAGCACAGGACCUGCAGAGAGCUGCGGGGUGGGUGGUGGGAUGGUGAGUUGUAGAUGGGCUAAUCUCCUGUUUGGUGAAACCUUUGGUUCCCAACAUCUGUAUGUCCAACCAGAGUAAGGCUGUGACAGUUGAGCUCUUGUGGCUGUCUGCCGCAGGCAGAGUAUGUGGGCCCCUUCCCCACUAGAAGGACAAGGGCAGAUCGGCCCUUCAGGGGUAGGAACCAGUACACUCUGCCUGAUUUCCUGGGUUUGCCAUCUCUUCCGUAGGCCUCUUUAUCAAGCUCCCGGGGGGCAGGGGGAGAUUCUGAAUGUCCCCUAAUGCAUAGCUGAGCCAGGCUGGGUCUUUGGGAUAGAUCUCCUCUCUAAGCUAUCAUUCCUGUUGCAAAGCCCAAGUGUGGGGGUUGGCAAGUAGGUAGCCUGUGGCCCGGAAUGGCGGUUUGGCGUGUGUGAUGUAGGGCUCAGCCCUCUUGCCACAAGGCUCCUCCCAGCAGUCCUGAAGCAGA